AUUCCCUAUUUCAAUAAUUCUUAGCUUGAACAAUUAGUUAGAUUGAUUCCCCUGCGAUGCGACAUUGUGGAAACUUUCACCACAGGCGCGAUAUGUCAUGCGAGACAUAUGACUAAAUCUUGUCACGACUCGCCAACGACAGAUCGUUUUUGUCCCAAGUGAGUAGCACACGACAUUGUAUAACAUUUUUUACGAAAAGGACGCCGACUUCGUCAACUGCGUGGAAAAAAUAUUUUAACCACACAAGUUUGUUUUCCCACUUCAAUUUUCGCGGCACGUGCAGAGUCGAUUGUCAUAGAAAUGAGGCCGUGUCAUGUUUUGUGAGGACGAAAAUAACAUGGCGGUCGCUGUUAUUUUGGGGAAGGGUUGAUAGGGUUAAAACGGUUUUACAGCCAUAUUUUACUGAAUUGAAGGAUUACAAGAUAUUCAAGCCAGGUAAUCAUGUUUUACCUUUCUCCAUGGACGCUUUUCGGAUUAAUUUUUUGUACCGCCUACUUCGUUUUGGUCUUGUGUGGUUUCGGGAGAAAAGGCGAUCAGAGGAAAGUGAGUCAGAAAUCCAAUGAGGAAUCGGUGUCCUCGACGAAAUACUGCGACGAUGAAACCGAGGAAACACAAGCGAGGAUAGCCGACCAGAAGUUGAAUAGCGUUGAUCUUGGAAAUGACUCGCAAGGCGGCAGAUCGGACACGCAAAGGCAAAUUCACGAAGGCACGUUAUCAUGCGAAAUACCUUAUGCUAACAAUUCGUUAGAGAGUUCAAAACAAGCACCUGCCCACAGUGAUGAAGGGGACAAUUUAACAGUGAAACAAAUUCUUGCACCUGUGAAAUGCAAUGCUUCUUUGCGCAGUCAAGAUGCCUUGAAUCUACAAGAGUUUAAUAUCUCCGAGGACUUUGUCACAGAGAGAGGGGAAAUCCGAGGUCGAGGGAAUAACACAUCGAACUCGAACGCAAACGAAUAUUUUUCAGAAUUUUUAGAAGGGAGUACCAAGCAUUUUGAAGAAUUGAAGUUUUCUCGUGAGAAUCAGGGUGAAAUAUCCAACAUCGUUACGAAGACCUCUGUGGGCACGGUUUCAUCAGCUCCGGAGGAAUAUAACUUUGCAGCGUUUGAGAAUGAGCAACCAAUAUUGCACUCUGAACCAUGUGUCGACGCUGUGGAAGCAAAUUAUUCCGAGACAGAUUUAAACAAAAACAGCUUAUUCGGUGACUUCGCAGAAUUGUUGGUUACCAAAGCUGCGACAAAUGCCUUAAGUGACGUCGACCUGGAAUUGAGAGCCAAUGUUUUGGCUGAAAACAUUUCCACACAGAUAGUUUAUGAUGCCAUUGGUCAGUUAUCAGCUGAUUCUGGCAAAGAAGAAUUUGACGCAGAAAAUGUCCAGGAAAUACACAGUUUUGCGGGAGAUGUGAUUAAUUCUUUGUUCCAAGGUGCCACUGGCAAGGUUUCUUUGGUUAAAGAUGUUGAGAGUUUUGCCAAAGAUUUGAGUGAACAAAUUAUUAGCGAGGGUGUACUCAUCUACACUGCAAAACAGAAGUUUGAGCAAGGGAGAAAGAAAAAGGUAUCACUCGGUGAAAUCAGAAUUUUCAGUGAAGAUGUUGUGAGUGAAGUUUUAUCAGAUGGCAUUGAAGAGGCAGCUCUACUGAAAGAUGAACACAUGGAGGAUUACUUGAACAAUAAAAACACUGCCCAGGUUACUGGCUUGGAGGACCCAGUUCCACACAAUGCUGACAGUUCAGGUGAUGAAGUUUGUCAAGCUGCUUAUCAAGAAGUCGCCAUAUCAAGCUCCUUACAACCCCAUUUCAGUGGUGUAGUGGAGAAUCUGGUGAAUGGGGCAAUCUAUGAAGCUUCCUUGCGAGUAAGGGCUCAUCCAGAGAAUGAACCAUUACAGGAGUCAGAGUUACAACCAUACUCACAAGAUGUUUUGGAAUCUCAAGUCAAUGAGACAGUGAAGGAGUUAAUUUUUUCAGCUGUAAAUGAAGCUGCUGAUCAUGAGAACCAAAAAAGCAGCAUUGCCCAGGAAACAAUGCCAAUGAUUCAGAAUGAGCUUGAAUCUCAAGUGGGGUCAUAUGUGGAUAAUGCUUUACAGAAUGCAGUCAGCGAAGCUUCUGUGAAAGUUAUAGAAGGACAUAGUGAAGCUACUCACCAAAAUAGAGUAUUAAAUGGUCAUGUUGAUCUCUCUCAACACUCUGUUGUGGAGUCGCACAGCUGCCAAAGUACACCUGAAGAUGUUGGUCCAGUAGAAAAGGAAACUGAAAUUGUAGACCAAUCAGAAGGAUAUGAUAUUGUGCCUUCUAAACACAAUAAUUUACAAACAGAAUUAACAGGGCAGAAAAGUGGUGAUAAUGGUGACUUCUGGAGAAGGAGUUUGAUUUUAGACUUAGAAGGAGAUGAGGAAUUUGAUGAGGCAGUUGAAAGUGAAAAAUCUUUGCCAAGUGCAGGAGAUUCAACCUCACCUACCAAUGAUGACGAACUUAUUUCUGAUGAAGAUGUAGAGUUUAUAGAUUCUUCGGAAGAUGAAGUCAUUGAUCACGCAGAGGAUGCCAAACUGGGAGCAGUUGGGGGGUCAAAUGCAGCAAAGCAUGGAAGAAGUGAUGAUGACAGACUAGAAAUUGAAGAUGACAUUGAUGAUGUCAAUGAGGAUGAUGAUGAUGACACUGAUGAUGAUGAUGAAGAGUUGUUUGUACCACAGUCAACUGUAGAUGGAUUAUGUGUGAGUAAACCUAAAGAUAAGAAGAAAAAGCAUAAAACACUUCCAAGAGCAAGGAUACAAUCAGCUGGAUCACAUUACAACAAUGCUGUGGUGAUAGACAAUGGCUGUGGUACCAUUAAACUCGGCAUGGCUGGGGAAAAGAAACCUAGUGUUGUACAACCGGCUUUGUAUGGAAUUCCUAAAAGAUAUUCAUUGCAAAUGGCUGGACUGGACAAUAAAAAAGACAGACAAUUUGGGGAUGCUGCUGCUAUGAAGGCUGGCGUUAUGCAACUUGAGUACCCAAUGAAAGCAGGACUUAUUGAAAACUGGUCUGACAUUGAAGAUAUCUGGGAAUACAUGUUGUACAGUGAGCUUGGAAUUGAGGAGGGAAGCAAUCCAAUUUUGGUCACUGAAGUUGCCAAUACUCCAAGGAAGAACAGAGAGAAAAUGGCUGAGAUUUUAUUUGAGCACUUAAGUGCUCCUGCCAUGUAUCUUGCCAAUCAACUUGUAUUGUCUCUGUACGCCUCUGGCUUGACAGUGGGCAUGUGCCUGUCCUCUGGGUUCUCUGUCACUCAAGCUGCAGCAAUUUAUGAGGGAUGUCUGCUGGCACAUACUGUCCAGGAACUUGACAUUGGAGGCCAGUCACUCACAGACAACCUCCAGAAACUGCUAAGGGAUAACAAAGGUCACAACUUCAAUUCCUCUUCUGGCUGGCAGAUUGUGAAUAACAUGAAGGAAAAAAUGGCAUAUGUGGCUCAAGAUUAUCCCAGUGAGUUGCGUCAGUACAAGACAAGUGCUGCACUGACUCAGCACUACAAGCUGCCAGAUGGGCAGUUUGUAGACAUCAGCAGUGAAAUGAUAACCACUGCUGAACCUUUGUUUACUCCUGAAACUCUUCUUGGAGCAGAUGACACUGUUGCCUCACAGUUCCCUAUUCACAAACUGGUCAACAAUGCAUUCAGGAGAUGUUCUCCAGAGCUUCAAAGUGUUAUGAGCCGAAACGUUGUAUUAUCUGGCGGCACGACUCUAAUGAGAGGACUGGUGCCAAGACUCGAACACGAACUCAGCAAAAUCAACCCCAAGGUACGAACCGUACGUGCGCCUGACAAUAGAAGGUAUUCCGCUUGGAUUGGAGGCUCAAUAUUGGGUGCCCUGUCGACUAUAGACAGUAUGUAUGUCACAAUUGAUGAAUAUGCUGACUAUGGAGGGCGAAUUGUGAAUCAGAAAUGUUUCUGACGUGAUUAUUGCAAGGAACAUCAUGUCCACAAUCCAUGAACUUUUUUUUUAGCAUAUAAUGGUUGUAGCCCAAAGUGAAGAAAAUAAUUUUGAGCAAUCACAGUUUGUGGCAAAUUAAAAUAGUAUGCCGUGUCAUUGUUAGUAAAUCAAAAUAGAAGUUGCUUGUUUUCCCUGAAUUUGAUAUACAUAAAGUGAGUGGAGUGUUUUUGGAUCAAAGUUUUUAUUAAUCAUUCUAUACAAAGCCCAGGAAAGGUUAAAACAAGCCGAUUUUGACUGAAAUUUAUGGACGAGUGUCUAUUGAAAUGGAAGAGUCACUGGCCAUUUUAUUGAUUUAAGGAAAACUUUUUGAUGACCCAGGAAUAGGUAUUGGUUAUUAUUACCGAUUAAGUUGUGGACAUUUUUAUAAAAAAUAUCACCCCCAAAUAAAAAUGAAUGAAAGAAAAAGGAAAAUAACCGAAAAAAAUACUGGCUCAAAGCCUUCUCCAAAAUUGUUUUUCGGACGACAAACAGCAUUUCAAAGAAGAUUUCAGACAAUUUUUCAACAUUGAAAGUUAAAGUUGAAAUUGGCCAUUCAAUAUUCGUAAUUAUGAUAAUGAUAAUAUCAAUGAUGUCUCGAAAAGCUCAAAACUAGUUAUAAUUUUUUUUUAGUAUUAUACAUAAAGGAUUAGUCCACGCCUAUUAUUUCUAAUUCUUGUAGACGAAUUUCUAGAAUGCGUAGAGCUGAAGUAAAUUACAAUGUAAGGUUAAUCGUACAAAGUUCAUUUCUAUUGGUGUAUUAUAAUGUAUAUGGCAGUCCUUUGCCUGUAGAGUUCCAAUUGUUUGCAGUUUUUGGAAGCAAAAUUUUCUAGAUAUACAUGUACACGAUCGAAUAAUUUGUAAUCCAUGUUUAAUUAAUGCCUUACAUUUCAUGCAACUACAUGUAAAUGUUGCAUGGGAAGGAUGGUUUAAUUGCUUUCUUCCCGCCCAGUUUUUUCGUAAGGUAGCUCAGUAUUGGUUUAAAGAUUUUCGCUGUAAGUCUGCGAAAUGGUAGGAUAGUCUGCGUAACUGGUGUGCAGUGAGAAGGGAGAGGGGAAAUUUAAUUUCCAACGCUGGAGUUUAAUCAGGCAAAAGACUGUAUAGAUCGAUGGGAAUUAAAAUUAUCUGGGAAGCUAUCCAUGAAUAUUGGAUAAUUUUUGGUACAGUUGUGUUACAAUUAGUUAGAAUUUGAAAUAUAUGAGUCUGUAAGAAGCGCAUGUACGAAAUAUAAGCGAAAACUUGUAAAAAUUCCUUAAUUUCGUCAUUAAGAUAAGACGGAACGGAAAAACCCUGAAUUAGGGCAAAAUAUAGAAAUUUCGAAAAGGAGGUUUCUUUGGAAUCCUCAAGAUCGAGCUGUAAGAUGUUCACGUUAUUUCAAACAAGGGUUAUGCACGAAUUAAGGCAGUCGUGUUUUUAAUCAUCUUAAAUGCCAAAAGUAAUGCAAAAAUGUGACCCAACAACUAAUUAUGUCGGUGUGAUAUGAGAUUGUCAUCAAAAAUUUGAAUUAUCCUGAACAUCUCCAUGGAUGAUUUUGGUGGCGUAUUAAGUUAAGAUCAAUUCGGAAAUGCUACACAAAUGCACAAUUUGCAAAUUCAAUGAUCAAUAUAAAUAUUAAUAUUCGUAGUUAAUCAAUGCUAUUAAAAUUUUAACAGAAGAUCGUUCUUUGUUGCCGUAAUUUUUGUUAUUAAGAGUGAAGGGUCGAACCAGGAUGAAGAUUAUUUAAAAGUUUAGACCGGUUUUCAAUUGAGUAUCGAAAGCGAUCCUGAAUUGCUUUGAUUUUGCUUUACUUCGCUCGGUGAUCAAAUACUAAAUUAAAACAAAUCCUUGGUCACUCGCGUUUUCCCACGCUUCAAGCAGGUUGCCUGUUUUUACUCUGAAUUUCAAUGGUUAUGAUGGUUUUAAUCUUUGUUCUGAUUGGUAACUGCGAUCACUUUGGUUUUUGUUUUUUUCGAAACUCAAUUGAAAAACGCUCUCAUCAGUGUAAACAAUGCUCAGGGAAAAUUAAAUUUAGCCGUUAGUUUUCAAGUUGGUCAAUUAAAUUCGUGUCAAUACUUUCCAUCCUUGGCUCUCCUUUUCCCUUUUUAGUUAUUAUUUUCAUUUUUGUAAUUUUUUUCUUAACCAAACUAACCUCUUUCAUACUAAAAUUAGUUUUGCAUAACGCAGAAAAUAAAUCAAAAUAUCUUGGUGUUGUUUGUUUUUUUCUUGGAAUUGCGUUGUUAUCGUAAUUAGCAAAAUUCCUCGAGUGAUUCAGUACAUUCACAUUUAAUCAAAGAUUUUAUUCGGGCCUGUGCUUCACAGUUUGUCAGAACGAUAAAGUUUUAAAGUAAAGAUUUAUGAUCUACAGGGAACUAUUAUGUCUAGAAAUUACAUGUAUAUUUCGUUAAAAUAACAGAUACUGCGAGCGCCCUGAUUGUUCAAAAACCUAUCGUUCAUUGCACCA